GGAAAAGCUCACUCAAUAAUUCUCACAAGUCGUUCACUUCCAAUGAGUAUUUCGCUCAGCGUACGUUCUCUCCCGCCCUUUGAUCACGAGGAUCAGCAGUGAAUCAUCCGAGCCGGGUUGCCACAUGGAGGACCCUUCGGCGACAUGGACCAAGCCAUCAGAAGUCAUCGUGAUCCAUCCGGGCAGCAGAAACCUCCGCAUAGGGUUCGCGACUCAGAGCGCUCCUCUUGUCUUCCCGCAUUGUGUCGCUCGCCGGCUAAAGACUCCCUCAGCCCCGAAAUCUCAGCCAUACCUGCCGAAAACAAUCCGAUCACAGGAAUUAUUCCGCUACGUGAACGACAAGGCGGAGCAGUUGGGGAACGUCCUCGCUAACAGCGAUACCUCACAAGGAGUCAAAAGGUCCGAUAUCGAUGAAGCGGAUCCUCUCAACGUCGGUCGUGUGACGCUAGACAUCGGAAGCGAUUAUCACGAACCCGAACAAACGCAACAAAACGUCUUCGGCGAGGACGCUCUCAAUCUGUCCCCAUCAGCGAACUUCAAUUUGCAGUGGCCAAUGAAAAAAGGUCGACUGCACCUCCAUAGAGGACCUGGCGGGAGCAUGUUCUCCGCUCUCCAUGAUCUCUUUGACAUUUGGAUGUGGGCCGUGACAGAGAAACUCAAAGCAGAACCGAAAAACCUCUGCGCGGUUCUGGUCAUAGGCGACGUGUACAUUGGUGAACACGUCAAGCGAAUGCUCGAUAUGAUGUUCAACGAGAUGGGCUUCCGAAAAGUUUUCGUUCACCUCGAAGGCGUGUGCGCUGCUUUCGGAGCUGGAAAUCCCACAGCGUGCGUAAUCGACGUCGGUGAGUCGAAAACCCUGGUUGCUUGUGUGGAGGAUGGCAUUUCCUUGAAACAGACGCGAGUCCUCAUGGAAUUCGGGGGAGGCGACAUGACCCAGCUGAUGUGUUUUCUCUUCAAGGUGCGUAUGCAGUGGCGGAACCCCAACCCCGAUAUUGUGUACGACGCACGAUUAUUGGAGAAGGUCAAAGAAAAAUUCUGCCACCUAGACCUCGACCAUUGCGGCUCGGUCGACGGGGAAGUCGCCUAUUCGCCUCCUGGGAGAGCUGGUCCCCAAGUCUUCCCGGUCUCAGUUCAGGAUGAGGCGAUGAAGUGUGUUCUUGGUUUUUUCGCUCCUGAAGUUCUGUCUCUGACCGGACAUAAGGGAAGCCAUCUCUACGCGCCUCAAGCCGCGGAUCCCCAAGAUCCCCACGAUGAUUUCUAUAUUCUACAAACUCAGCGACGUCGAGGAGACGCUGAGUUCGAAGAUGGGGAAGACGAAGAUGGAAUGCCUGUCGAUCUCAAAGAUCCCGUCCGUCAGGAAACGAUCCCAGUUUCGCAGGUACUCGGAAUCGACGUCGUCUUGCUGCAGUCUGUCGACCGGUGCGAGAACGAGGACGUUAAAAGGAAAAUGCUGUCGAACAUUCUCAUCGUUGGUGGAGGACUAGCCAACUUCAAAGGCGUGGCCAAAUGGUUAAAGAAUCGUCUUUCCACGCGGAUGCCACAAUCGUUCAAAGACGAUAUCAUCGAGAUUUCCACCCAGCCGAAAGACCUACCGGCUGAUUGUUGCGUGUGGCGAGGAGCUGCUCUCAUGACUCAUCUCGAUACUAGUCAAGAACUCUGGAUCACCAGCAGAGAGUGGACCCGCUUCGGCAGCAAAGUUCUCAGGGAGCGAGCUGUUUUCGGAUGGUGACAUGGUAGAAUGAAAAGCGAAAUAUGGGGCUGUAUAAUGAAGCGUAGAGUAUUCUGAAUUUCGUAGCGGGUAUCCUCGAACCACGCAGACAUGUCGUGCUUGGUGUUCCUCCGCAUGAGAAGGAAUAAAGGAGAAGGCUGAAAUGA